GGUUCAAAGGUGUAGAUCGCUUCUGCGCUUGUUACCGCGAUCGCAUUUAAGAUGUCUUUCGCCCAAACAGCUUGGAACAGUUCCUGCAAUUGCACUGCUUUCGCAUUUCUCCAAACGAAGAUGUAUUUAUGCAGUAGUUUGCGCUGUUGUUUCGCAUUUAACAUGUCGGUAAUCCACUUGAGUUGUGCGUCAUUGUCUCCGGCUAAAAUGAAGACACUCAAGCUGCUAUAACCGCGCGAGAGUUCUUUGCUGUAAUGCUCCAGCUGCAGCGUAAAGCUUGGCAGUUGCGUCAUACAGCUGAGUAUCUGCUGUUCCAAGUGAUAUAGGCUGUUAUCCAGUGUCCGCUGCUUGAUAUAGACCAAAUUGACGUGUGCAUCUACUUCUGUGGCGAUAUCGCACACUCUUUGGCUCAAGGCGUCAUGUUCGUUUGGUGCUGUUAAGUUGAAAUGUGUUUGUGUACGGAUUCCAGCGGCUGUUAUAAUGAUUUUGGUGAUUAGCAGCACUACGUCUAAGCGCGCGUAAAACAUUUUUGUUAGUGAAGCAUAUUUGGAGGCGCUUUCUGCUGUCGAGCUUAACGGCUGAUUGCCAUUAGUUGAGCAAAUAAUAAACAAAGCGUAAUACAAUCAGCAUUAAUUAGUUUAUUAAACAUCAUCCUAAAUGUAGGCAACGAUUUUUAUUUUUUGGCUAAUAUACCUCACACCGUUUAAACAAUAAACAACACGGUCUCUAAUGCGGCUAUUGCUAAAGAAUAUAAAGUUUUUUUUUGUAAUAAAAGCAUAAGCCUCUCCGAGAAAUGCUCUUAAUGUAAUAUCUCAACUACACGAUUAUUUCUAUGGGAUCGCUGUAGUACAAUUUCUUCGAAAGUAUCGAAGGAGAAUAAUGUUUAAAAAUCUGAAAAUUAGGGUCUGAAAUGUUCAGUUUUUUUUGGAUAGUCGUGAUCGGGACUGAUAAUAUCUUAUAAAUUAGUGGUUUAUCCACUGACAUUUUUAUAUCUUAUUUACUCAAUGGAAAAUAUUAAACAUUAAAUUCUUUUAUAUAUUCGCUCCGGCUUCGCACGGGUUUAAAUUUCAACUACAUUUUAAAAGAUGUAAUGUUUUACACACUCUCCCUUACAUAUAUAUUUACUUUUCCGUUUCUUGCGUGGGUUCAUUAAAAAAAAUGUAAAAUGAUGAAAAUUCGAACUUCAUGUUAUUUUUCAUGUUAUAUUUUAUUUGUAAUGAGCUAAAACUUGAUUACGACCUCUAGUCUUUGGUGUCCGUUGUCUUUCUCUCUGAUUAUAAAGCGAGCUUGUAUAUUCCUAAUAUUUUGUACUUCACGCCGCUGCACACGCUCCGUACUCGACUCUCAAGCGCGUGGCAGGUUUUGAAAUUUUGUUCAGCAAGCAGCUGCGAGCACUUGUUACUCGACUCUAUGGCACGUAAUUGCGAUGUGCAGAUAAUGACUUGCAAGACGAUUUUCAGUUUCAGAUUAAGAUUCUCCAUCACGGAAACUUUUUGAUACCCUUACAUGGGAACUAUUUCCAGAAAGUUGAGAUUCUUGCUAAAUAGCCUAUGUUACUCGGGGUGAAUGUAGCUUUCCAAUGGUGAAAGAAUUUUUGAAAUCGGCACAGUAGUUUUUGAAUUUAUUAAUUACAAACAUAUCUUUCCUCUUUAUAAUAGUUUUAUAGUAUAGAUAACCUCAAAAUUAGGUAUCCCAAUCAUGGGUUCUUAGUCGACGAUGUGAGAACUUGAUAUUGUUAACUACCGGGAUUAAAAAGAAAUAUAUUUGCGAUCCCGAAUUUACCGGGACAUCGUGAUAAUUAUUAUCAUAAAUCGGGAUUUAGAAAUGAUGAUAUCGAUAUUCUGUACAGUUUCUUAUAUUUAUUUAUUUUUUUUUAAGAAAAAGUGGUUUUUAUUCAUCAAAUUGUUCGACUUUAAUCGGAAUCUGGACCCCCUAGUAAAAUACAGGAUUUCGGAAUAUAUUCUGAUAUAACUUUCUUUGACUUCUAUUUUGUAGUUUACACGAAAUAAAUUUAUUUUGAACUCAUUAAUCGAUACAUUAUUCUAUAAUCGAUGUUAACAAUCAGUUAUUUCAUUUUAAACAUUUUUCUGAAAUGUGUUUUGUGAAUGGGGAGCACAUUUUUUAAGUAUACUGGGUUGCUAUUCGAACCUACCUAAAGUACAUACUGUUUCCCGAAGUGUUCUAUAAUUGUCUGUAAUUAAUCGUUAACAUUUCCACCUUAUUUCCAUACUACAAUGCUUGAAUUAAUUAAAGCAAAUAGUCGUCUAGGGAAUACACACCCUGACCCAGCCAAUUCUUUACAUUGCUAAUGAAGCGCGCUAUAAAACCGCUAUAAAACCGCUAUAAAAUUACUGAAGUCUCAUGUUGAUGUAAUAUUUUUUGGUUAAACGUAAAAAUGCUUUACCACAAACUAGUCACAUUGCUACUGAUAAACGAAAUCUACGCGGCUUCAAACGUAUAUAAUUUGGAACAUUUGAAAGCUUGGAAUGCAACGCUGCCGUCCGCGCCAACUGACUUACAGCUAGCGCAUAAAGCAUGCGAAAUCGCUGCGAAAUAUGAUUCUUACAUCUACACAGUCUACACUGGCGCGCAGCAGGAUAACAACACCGCCGAGUUGGAGUUGAAUUUAUUGAAAUGUAUGGCCGAAUUGCCGACACAUGUGACGGCGCUCAAGGCAUUGGCGAAGGAGCCGCAACGACGCUACAACAGUUUCAGCAUUUUCGUGUUAUCUACGAGCGCUGCCGCGAACGUCGCGCAACUGCAACGCAUUGUCAACGCGCUGAAUGAGAAACAAAUGUGGAAACAUUUUCACAGAUACGCAUUUAUUUGGCGAAAUGCACAGCGCACACAAUUGCACGCGCUGUUCUCGGCUGUGUGGCAGCGCAAGAUACUCAACGCUAUUGUCAUAACUGACGAUCAACACAUUUACACUUUCGAGCCAUACACCGCGGCGGGUUUCGCGCUGAAACGCAUCACUGACGCGCAGUAUUUCUACGAUAAGCUCAAGAAUCUACACAAACAACAAGUGCGCAUAACAAUGUUUAAGGAUUUCCUACGCGCCAUACCGCGUACGCGCGCCGCCGACGGUUACACCGGCGUUGAUGGUUUGCUCGCGAGCAAUAUUGUCGCGUAUCUCAAUGCGACAGCGAAUUACACACAACCCGCUGAUAAUGAGAAUUAUGGCGCUUGUUUGGCGAAUGGCUCGUUCACGGGCGUACUGCGCGAUCUAAUCGACGGCGCGGCCGAUGUGAGCUUCAAUGCGCGUUUUACGCUGCCGUGCGCCGCGGCGGAAGUGGAAACGCUCUAUCCAUAUUUCAAGCGCAAAUUGUAUUUGGUUGUGCCGUCGGCGGAAAUGCAACCGGAAUACCUGAUUUUCAUCAAAGCGUUCACGUAUACGCUCUGGCUGCUAUUGGCAUUGAAUUUCUUUGCGGUUAUCGCUAUCUUUGCGUUGCUCAAAAACUAUGCGGAACAUUUGCCACAUGCCGCGCGCAUGAAACAUGGUCGCUGGUAUGAACUCAUCGAAAUGUUUCUGAAGACGCAAUUAGGCGAGCCGGUGACUGGCUACUCGCGCAUUAGUUCGCUGCGUCAGUAUCUCAUUACUUGGAUCUACUUCAGUUAUGUGGUGACCACAAUCUAUUUCGGCAAGUUGGAGAGCAGUUUUGUGCAGCCGAGUUACGAAGCGGAAUUGGACACACUGGAUGAGCUGCCUAAACUGGAUGUGCCGAUAGUAGGCGUACACACGCUCUUCAUAACGGUACAGCCAGCGUUGAAAGCGGCACACUGGCAUGAGAUUGAAAAGCGCGCGCUCUAUCUGCCGCUACACUUUUCCUCUUUUCUCUUCGCUGUGCCCGUGGCUAAGCGCAAGAACUGGCGCGUUGCUUUCCUGCUGCGUGGCGAAACGGCUAAAGACUUCUUGAUAAAAACCUACGAUGUGCAGCGGCGCCGUCCGCGUUUUCAUGUGGUCAAGGAGUAUUUGCGUUCCAUGCCGCAGGAGUAUAUAUUGGAGAAGGGUUCACCGUUCCGUUAUAAGUUUCAACUCUAUCAAGCUGCUAUGUUUGAGAGCGGUCUGCUGGAGUAUUGGAGUAGUAACGAUACGCGCUACACGAGUCAGAGUGAAUUUCACGAGGUCGAGGAUUUCUACGAGGAGUUGCCGAACGAUUUGGAUUUCGACUUGAGCGAAAUAACGAGCACCGUUGGCGGUAAUACGGUGCAUAAUCGUAGACAGGUGGUGCUGAGCAUGCAUAUACUGCAGGGCGCAUUCUAUUUGUGGGGUUGUGGUAUAUUCGUCAGUAUAAUGGGUUUUCUUGUGGAAUAUGGCUAUUGGAGGUAUAGCAAAAGAACAGUGAAACAAGAGAGGUCAGAAGCAGUGGAAUAAUAAAUAAAAAAAGUCGAG